GCUUAUAUAUUUCUGUGGGGUUUGAGAUUUAUUUCUAUCUACCACAGUAGCUUGAUAUCUUGACGUCCAUAUUUGGUGUUGUGGCGUUAUAUGUUCCCCUAAACACCCCGAUAUUUAUACGAUAUAUUAACACCUACGAAAGAUCUGACUUAACAAGAUGGGGAAACCGGAAGACUCGAAAUCUCAGGUAGCGGUAGAUGACAGCCUAGCGCCACCACCAUAUUCGGAGGUUGCCCAAGAAUCUCAUCCGAGCAGCGCAGUACAAAAAGGAGACACUCCUAAUGUAUUGUCAGACGCCGUGCUUUCCCCAUAUCUACCAUUUCCAUCAAUUUUGGAUGCGCAUUACCAAUGGAAGGUUAGCACCAUAUUUCAUCUGGGUAGUACCAUAAAUAAACGACUCUUCGCCGUGUCGGUGCACACAGGCUUUGGCGGAAAGGGGCCGGGAAAGCCAGGUGUGAUCUUACAUAAUGGCCCAAGUGACAAAGACACAUUGCUCGCUGCUGCUGGCGACGAGAACGGAAAUCUCUCGUCGCUAAAUACCAUCAUCACCUUAGCUCGACCGUCAGGCGACAUCUCUGAUGAGAGUUGUACGGAAAUCAUGCAUGCUGCUACAAGUUUUGGCACUGUGACCUUUCGAUUUUCAGCCGAGACUAGGCAAAAACAAGGGAUGCGGCGCGAGGUUUUUGAGUGGCGGAAGAGCAAAGGCGAUGAAGACAGGAAUUUAAUCGAUCCGCCGUGGAAGUGUGGGUUUAAACUGGUGAGAGUGACCGAUGAGACACCACAGGGAAGCACAAGUGAAGGGCCGGAGAUCAUCGCUGUUUUUGCUUGGAAUAGUAACUGGUCGGUGAUGAACCCCUUUAAGAUCGAGUUCAGGGGAAGUGCGCAGGCCGGCGAGCUAGGAGAGAAGUUUGCGCUCAUGGUUAUUAUCACGGGGUUGCGAUUGUGGUCACUUAAGCACCAGGGUAGAACUUCCGAGACUACCAUUGCGGCUAGGGAAGCCGAACUUGCAGAAUUAUACCCGGAAUUCCAUACUAGAAUCACAGGGCGUUAAAGGGGCGAGUAUUAUAGUGUGUUAUGAUGCACCUAGUCAUGAUGUAUUAGCUGGAUUGAUGUCAAGAAUAGUACCCGAUAUAUGCUUUAUCCGUGUAACAGCAUACAUG